AUGGGAAUUCAAACGAUUACAGCGAUAUCAAAAGAGCAGAGCGUCAAAUCAUUCAUUGUUUUUCAACGCACGGCAAACUGGUCUGCACCCCUACUUAACGAGGUGAUUAGCCCCGAGCAAAUGGAACAGCACCGCAAAGAUUACGAUGCCAUUUUCCAACUCUGCGUCGAGACACCCAGCUGCUUCAUGCACCAGGUUGACCCGCGCAAGUCCCUAGAGCUUUGGGAGCAAAUAUAUGCAAAGCCCGGUUUUGCCAAAUGGCUCGGCACUUUCAGCGACACAUACAACAACCGUGAAGCAAACAAACUUUACUCCGACUUUAUGGCUAGUAAGAUUCGAGCCAGAAUACAGGAUCCCGAGGUUGCUGACAGCCUGAUUCCCAAAGAUCACGGCUUCGGUACACGACGAGUCCCUCUUGAAAGUGGCUACUUUGAGGCGUUUGAUCAGCCUAAUGUCCACCUUGUUGAUGUUGAGGAAAACACCAAGUAA